AUGCUCAGGAAAUCCGAUACAACGCCCGAGCCGUGGAAAAUCAAGGUCUCGCUUGACUCUCAUUUUGAAGAGGAUGCCUUGGCCUAUCAUAGCAUGGAAGAAAAUAAAUACAAUCCUACUGAAAAAUUUUUACUCGCGGCCUGGAAUUUUAAGAAAGCGAAGAAACGUGUACCAAAAAUAACAUUUUCAAAUACCAGUGAUAAACCAGUGUCUAUUAUUAAACUGAGAGGUGAAUAUGAAGAUCACGAUCAUUCAUUGAAACAAUGUAAAGAUGUUAAAAUUGGUCCAACAACAAUGAUAAAUACAAAUGGAAUGGUGAUGCGAUCUUUAAUUGUUGAACACCAAAAUAUACCGUUUGAAUUACCAACAAAAGAAAAUUGUAUAUCUCACUGGACGGAAAAAGAUAGUUAUAAUGGACUUCGAGAAAUGAUUGCAUUUAUUUAUGCCGAUGAUUGUGAAACAGAUAAGCGUACAUUUAUUUCUAUGUAUAUCGCUAACAAUGGAAAUGCAAAUAUUCGUUAUGGCAACUAUGUCGGCUGUAGUAGACAAAUUUGGUAUUUAAGUAACGAAAGAGUACAAUCAUUACAAUCGGAUGCUAGAGAAAAGAAUGUUAAUGAAAUCCCCAUCGUAAAGCAAUAUGGAAAUGUACUAGCCCUGUUUGACCCAGAAAAUGGAUAUAGAUUGUACGCAAUACGAAUUGAAAUAACAACUGCAACAUCAAAAACUGUUCAAACGUUGUUAUUACCAUCAGUGACAUUAGCAAAAUUGGAGUGA